AUGUGUCGAGUACGCGUUUACGACGCCUCUCAACAUUGUGCAGAUAAAUGUGAAGUCGCUGAGUGCUGCGAAUUACGUUCCGGACGUCCAGCGUUGGUCCAGGACCAGCCCGAGCGUCGUGCCGGCCCCUAUGGACACUCCGCCGACUAUAAUGCUUGCGACUUGUGGCGAUGCCCUGCGGUGGCCAUGGAAACAGAUCCUCUGACGGGGCACUUUAAUUUGGAGACUAAUCGGGCCACUCCGACACGCUUCCUUAAAUCCUGA